AUGCAAAGUUCAAUUCAACUUUUGAAGAACAUAUCAAAGUUCAAACUAGGGUACUGUUUACCGCAAUCCUCAUUAUGGCCAAUUCAUAGACGCUCUGCAGUACUUAUACUGCUAUUUGUAGGUUCGUUCGGAGAGCUACGAGUGCUAUUAACCAAAAGAUCAAGAGGAUUAAGGAGUUUUUCCGGCCAUGUUUCGUUGCCUGGUGGAAAAGCAGACAACAUACAGGAGAACUUUGAAACAGUCGCUCGUCGAGAGGCCGAAGAAGAGAUAGGAUUACCAUGUGAUUCUGAAGUUUUACUCAAAGAAUAUGGUUUGAAAGUUGAUAAUCUAUGUAUGGAACUUCCGCACUAUUUAUCAAGGACGUUUCUCAGUGUGAAACCAGUUGUGUGCUUCUUGUACAACUCUAACUUAGAGGGCGAUUACAAGUAUGAGCGACCUUUAGAUGCAUUGAAGUUUUUUGGCAAGUUAAACCCAGGCGAGACUACUUCGAUGUUCUCCAUACCGUUGUCAGAUUUGAUAGCCCAUGAGCACCAAUGGAACAAUUACCAAGUAGAAUAUGUUCGCCGAGAAGACGUGAAUACGAAGUGGGGAGGCACAACUUGGCUCUUAAGACACUACUAUUAUCCAAACGAAAAUUCAAGAGAUGCUGCCUGGCUAAAUGAUAUACUUGAUACUAGCUCCGGUGACGAGGAACUUGAAGGUGUCAAAUGCAAGGAUGUGUGGGGCCUUACAGCGAAAAUACUCUACGAUCUUUCAAAAAUAGCUCAUGGCCCUCCUGAAAGAUGUGAAUCCAGUGCUAGACUGGGUCAUGAUGAUCUAAUAUAUGGCCUUCACGACCUCGGCGGCCAAUUACGUGAUCGUAACCGAAGCACAUGGGAAAGUGCUAUGAUAGUCAAUAAAAGAGGAUAUAAAUAUGGCGACGUCAUUCCUGAAUUUUACAUGAAGCGACUCUUGAGAAGUUGCCCAAAAUUCUAA